CAGAGCGGUGAGGUGAAGAGUAAGACAGCAAGAAACUACUCUAACACAAUGGCUCGUCCUUUGCUACUUUUUGUUGCGGCGAUGAUUUUGGCAGCCCAUGCAUCCCUUAUCCCAGGGGUAAGUCAGUUUUUAAAACUCGACUAUCUCACGAAACUUGUAAAACUUUACGCAUGCUUCCACGAGUUAAAGUUGCUUUCUGAUUUCCCUUUGUUAGCCUCUAAUGUACUACCAGCAAAAACAAAAACUGAAUAGUAUUUUUUACUAAAACUUUUUGUCUUAAAUGUUUCAUUUCUGGAGCUAAUUUGCAUAGCAUCUUCCCUAUAGGGCCCUAUUUAAAACUAAGAACUGUGAUCAUGUUCAGCCACAUCCUUGUACUGAUUUAAAAACUUUGCUAAACUCAAAAGUGACGCAGCACCUUAAGUACAGUAAGAGCAUUCAAAGCAACAGUAAAACACAUAUCAGUGCUAAGCAAAGGUAACUAUGGAUUAAUUUUUCGAAUGUCUGCACUCUACAGGAUUCGUUGUCGGAACUUGGGGAAAUAGAUGGUGAGGAAACAGCCGAUGUGCCGGAGAAUGAAAUGCCUGAAGAAGGUUAGUAAAUUUUAAGAAUGUUGAAACAAAAUAAACUCAUUUUUUUGCAGACUAUGCAAUAUAGUGGUGAUUAAUUUUUCUGUUUUUGUUCAUUGUUAUUUUAAUGACAAAAUGGACGAAAAUGAAACAGAAUUGGUCGAAGAAGACUUUGACGACGGGGAAGACUUAGAUGAGAUGCCAGAGGAAGGUACCAAGUAUUUGUAUAGCAACAAAAACCUUUAGAUUACGAAAGCAAGACUUUCACUACACUAAGUAGUGUGCGCGUGAGCUAGCGUCAUUUUGGCGGGAAAACGCGAUAGCUGGCGUCAUUCUACUACGAUUUUUAGCAUUAAUGUCGUAGUGAUGAAAACAAGUCAUCAAAUGUUACAAGUUUUAUCAUUUUGCGAUCAGAAGAGGGCUUAACCUCCUUCAAUAAAGAAAAACGCGCUAGCUUUUCUGGUGAAAAAAGUGCAAUGAAGCUUCCCGGGCUGUUUAUUUUUGGAAAAUAAGCAAAAAAGCUUUAAGUGAUAUCUUGUCCUGGUAGUUGUCCUAGUCCUCGAACCGAAAGUUCUCUAUUGAUGUUUUUUGACACAAUGAAUAAAGAAGAGUCUUGAAAAAGCUAUUGUUGUUUCUUAAUAUUUCAUUUUUCAAAAUAGUCGGGGAGGUAGAUGAAGGCCAGCUACAAGAAGACACCUCUGAUACAGCCAUCACUCCUGGUGAAGGUGAGAGCUACUCUAAAUAAAAAAAUAAAUUAACCCUCGAAAGUACACACAAAGUCAUACCCUCACCGUGGUACAAGGGAGCGUUUGAUAGAACCCCUCCCUUGAGUUUUGAUAUGUUGUAGUAUUUCGAAAAGAUUUUUCCUUCAGUAAGAAGCCGUUCAUCUUCUCGACAAGAUGAAGUAUACUGUAUGAGUGGUAGCGCUGCUGGAGGCCCCGAACACAGUCGCCAACUUAGACUUUACCCGCAAUUAGAAAUCUCCUAAAUUAAAACAGAGAGAAUAGGUAAUGUUUUUUGUUUGACUUGUAAAAUAACACAUAAAUUCGCACUCUGCUUCAUUUUAUCCACAGGUUUUGCUUUUCUCGUUGAAACACGUUGAAAAACAUGCAUUUUCACUAAAAAAUAAUGGCUAGGUAUUUCGUAACCGUUCAGAGGAGCAUUACCACAACAAUUGCACGCGCACGUUUGAAAGCAUAAUGAGCGACCUGAACCACAAGUUAAGGUGAUUCCCUAGUAAAAGAACCUAACAUAGAUUGUAUAUGAAACUUGGUACACUGAUGUAACCAGUCAAGAAGAUGAUAAAAAACUAAUAAAAAGUGGGGGUCACCGUGCUCGUUUUGACGUCACAAUGCUGGCAAAUACGGCUAUCUUGGACCUUUGGACAAAAAACCGAGCGCAGCCCAAAACUAGGCAAAAAGGAGAGAUUUUUUCAAUGAUGCAUGUGGUAUCGCACAGAAUUUGACUUUAAUGUAUUGUUUAUCCACUUACGUACCAUAAAAAUGCCUUUUAAUGCCCUUGUGUAGUACUUUACGCUCCAAAGUAGAAUUAAAUUGGACACGCGCUAUUGGACACGUGAUAGCUCAAUCUGUACAAUUUAGUAAAACUGCCAAAAAACUGAACAUAGAUUUGUGCCAAUUUUUUUCUCACCGAAAGGAAGCACUGUCCUUACUAAAAUCAUGAAAUAAAAAAUGGGGGUCACCGAACUCGUUUUUGCGGUAGAGCUGCAGAAAGUGCGCACCAAAUGCAUUUUGGUUGAUUUUGAGAGAGAACUGGGGCGAGUUUUAAAAUAGAAUGUACGUGAAAGGGGGAAGAAAGUAUUAAAAAAUCCGUUUUUACAGAAUUUACAUCUAGAUAUCACAUUAAGGAUACAAUGUAAUAAAGAAAGCAUUUAAAUGAAAAUCAAAGUGAAUAAGCACAAAUUAAACAUCCACUAUCGAGGUUCUCCGUGAGGAAGUCGAACUCAGCAACACGAGUACUGCUUACGUUAUGCACAUUCCUACCACACUGAGUCUCCCCUCGGCAAGAAACAACCGCAAGCAAAAAUUGCAAUAGCGUUUCUCUUCGGUCAACUUCAUUUUAAUAAUUUUACUUCACAUGCUCUUUUUUACGGAGGCCAUCUUGUUAUGCACAGUAAGAGAUGCGCAGUGCAAAACCAGAGAAUCACCUUAAGAAAGUUGUUGCCGCCUCUUUAUAAGAGAAACUAUAAUCUAAGGCACGCGCGCACUUUCACUUUGCCGCGUUGCAAGACAAAUAGAUUUAAGAACAGUUUUUUUAUGACCUCAGGCAGAAUUGUAAGUAAUUUUUAGGUUUCUUAUUAUACGUUUCUAGUCUUAGCUAUUACACUUAUUACUCAUUUUUACAAUUAUUAGUAUAAAUUAUUACCAUUAUGUAAAUACGCAAUUCAGCUUAUGCUGCAAUGUAUUUAAUAAAGUACCUACCUACCCAUCAUCACCAAACUUAACUCAAAAUGCGCGCGGAAGAGAAACGGACAGCUGCUGAAAACGUCAGGUGCUUAGUUUCUUUGUCUAAAAAAAGUCUCAGAAAGACUUCAGAUGGGCCGGUGGCAUCAACUCCCUCCCCUUCCCCGUUUACGUCCAAGGUUUAGAGGAUAAUUUGCCAAUUUCUUAUCAUAAAGUAUCGCUACACUUGCUCCGAUCGAACACCCAAAAACUACUUAGCAACACGCAAAUGGUUCUAUUGUGGAAUAAUGGGAUAAAGUUGACGAAUAAACCAAACGCCAAAUGCCAAACACAGAACAGGCUGAGACAGUUUAUAAAAUCACUAUCAUUAGUUUAUUCCAAAAACAGAACUGCCUGUAAAACUGGCUCUAAUUACAAUCUUAACCUAUUUACUAGUUAAAAAUCGUAGGUCAUGGGCUGGACUCCCAAAGUCCUGAUUUUGUUCGAAACUGAAAGCCUAGUAGUGCCGAUUGAUAUCUGUUUCGAUCAUUUCUUUACAUAAUAAGUCAUUUGCAUGAUGGUAUCAUUUUACUACUACCACUACUAGAAUUCUUCAGGGUUUGCUUUCUUAUGCAAAUAAGAUAGAAUUGGGGCUUUUGCUAUUUAAACCUCACUGGGAUAACGAAAUUUAAAUUCGAGGAAAAAAAACCAUCAAAUGAAUUUCUUUUCAUAGUAGUAAAAACACGUCAUCGUGCAAGUGACCUAUUAUAUUUCAGACAGUUAAUUAACUUGUGUUCUCCAUAACUCUGUUACAGAUGCCAAAAGGAGCAGACGUUUGUGUUAUUAUCGCUACCACUGCCGCUACUGCCUUUAUCGCUGGCGUAGAUGCAGAGGCUCUCGUUACCGUCGCCGUCGCUGUCGUUAUCACGUGUGUUACGGCUGCAGGCGUUUUUGUAUUUACCCAUAUUAUCGCCGUAACAGGGGAUAAAAAUGUAGCUGUACCUUUCAGUCCACUUAAACGUUUAGUUGUGGCAUCGAAAAAGAAAAACAUGGAACCCAAUCUUCAUUUCAGCACCUUAAAACUAUUCAGUUCUGUAAACUUUUAA